AUGGUGACUGACGCCACGAAGAAGUCCAGGAAGGCGCCUCCUGCGGCCUCCCCAGGGAAGAGGAAGCCUAGGAAGCCGCAGAGAGGUCCGGAAGCUUCCCCCUUGGGAGCAGGGUCGGAGGAACUGCCGAGUGAUCCUGAGGGAGCUUCUUUAGGCGAGAAGAUCAAGAUUGCGAAAAUUGCUGAAGUCCCGGGUGGGGAGAAGCUGGAGGAUUCGAAGGGUUCCGAUGCUCCUCCUGUCGAGCACAAAAAGAAGGAAAAUCAAAGCGAUCCUGAGGGGGAGGAUAAGAAGAAGAGCGAGAGCAAACGGAAAAACAAGGAGGUCGAGAUCGAAACCCCGGAGGAUGAGAGAAUGAAGCGUCACGGGCAGAAUGACCGGGAACCUUCUGGGAAAGAGGUCGCUCUGAAUUCUGAUGGGGGUCCUUCCCACAAGAAGGGAACCUUUGAGCGUGUUUGGUCCAAAGAGGACGAGAUGAAGUUGCUACAGGCUCUCAUCGAUUGCCAGGAGGAGUACGGCGUCGAUCCGUCCUCGUCCAUCGACCUCAUCCACAGGCACAUCCGCGUGAGCCAGCACAUGCAGUUCAGCCGAAGUCAAGUAUACGAGAAAAUCCGGCGGCUGAAGCAGAAAUUCGAGGCCACCGUCACUAAGAUGAGAAGCAACCACCCCGGAUCCAUCAAGCCGCACGAUCAAGCUAUGUUCGAGCUGUCCCAGAAGAUCUGGACAACUGAACAGGUUGCUCCUCCUGUCACGGCGAUGGGCAACGAAUGCACUGGCGUGGGGGUCAGUUUACCCCACCCGUAUCUAAGAGACGCUGUUUCUCAGCUGGAGAAGGAAAGUGCGUAUUACGCGGGGGCCGGGUCAAUAACGAAAGGUUUCCAACUGCUCAAACCUUCGGAGGCGGAGAAGCUGGAGGAGAGAUGGAGAGCCCACUGCUCAGCAAGUAUGAAAAUCUUCUUCGAGACUUGCAAGCUUAAGAACGAGUUGCUGCAGGCCUGCAUUCAGGCGCUCGAGAGCCAUACACCGUGA